UCGUACGUACUUUUCUCUAUAGCCUGUACAGUCGUUUUGAUUGCCAUUGGAAGAUUCAGGAUGCGCAAUCUGUACCUAGCAGUGCUCGUAGCGUCCAUAGCAUUUGGACAAGAAACUGAAGCCAAUGAAACUUUUCAAGACGCUUUAGAUGAGAUCCUGUCUGAGGUGAUGAGUGGAGUUAAUGAUGUCGUAGCUUCGGCCAGCUCAAUGCUGUGGCACCUACCCGCCCUCACGGUUAAAGUGGAGGACUGGUGCAUCCGCAUGGCCAAAAGGAUUGGAAUAUUCCUCAAUUUAAUAGACGCAGAGUGGAGCGUUCUAGAUCAGAUCAUAACCACAAACAAAAAGGAGAUGAUCAAGCUAUUUGACGCCAUUCCCUGUAACAAACUGUGCCCAGUGUGUAACAUCCUGCAGCGACCCAAAGUUCGAGCUGUCUGCUACAGCUACUGUAAAACCACGUGUCGCUGGCAGUUUUGAGUUUUCAGGUUUCCGCGACUACUAAUGGAUGUUCCUCAAGGAAAACUGUUUUAUAUUUUUAUUAUAUAUUUAAUAAAAUUUACUUUACAUUCUU